AUGCCUCAGAUCAUUAGUCACGUCUCUGGCGCACAAUGGGAGAAGGACGGCCCGCAGUCACCGACCCAGAAGUUCUUCAAGCAAUAUGUCAAUGCCGUUGAUUCGAGGGGCUACGACAGCGGCUCUGGGCUCAAGUUCUACUCCAAGGAUGUGAUCUUCCACAACCAGAACAACGCCGUCUACCACGGAGGAGAUGAAAUGUGGGCGUGGAUGAAGAAGCUCUUCGACGUGUUUGAGUGCAUCCAGCACGACUGGAUCCACUUUUUGGAGAUUGAGCGUGAUGAUGGGACUAGCCAGAUAUACACUCAGAAUAUUCGGAACCUUUGGCUUCGCGGGAACAAGGAAAGCAAGCCGACUGUUAGCAUCCCCAUUACGAUGAUUGCUAUUAUCGGGAAGAGUGGAAGCGACGAGACUCCGGAGGGGCUACAUUUUAAGGAGGUCUGGCUCUACUGGGACACGGCCCUUCUUUUGCCUCAUCUCCCUAAGGAUGCUGUAGUUUUCAAGACAAAGAAUGUCUUGCACGGGGAUAAGGACUUAACUCAGUAG